UCCUGUUAGUGUUGGUGGAAAAAACCCCUACAAAAAUAUCCUGAAAUUUGGACGAGAUGACACAGUUGCAAUUCAAAAAUGCUUUCUGGGGCACUGAAUUCACCAGUAAUGCUGGCUAUGAAAUCCUCACCCAAAGGCUUUAUGAUGGUCGGCGGGCUUGCAAGGACAUGGAGGAACUUUUGAAAAUGAGGGCAGUAGCAGAAGAGAAGUAUGGAAAGGAGUUGAUCACUAUUGCACGAAAGGCUGGAGGCCAAAGUGAACUAGGUACUUUAAGAGCAUCAUUUGACCAGCUGAAAGCACAAAUCGAGAGCAUUGGAAAUUUGCACAUACACCUCUCUGGGAUGUUAAAAGAAGAAGUCAAGCGCAUGGAGCAGUUCAGAGAGCGUCAGAAAGAGCAGCGAAAAAAGUUUGAAGGAAUUAUGGAAAAAGUUCAGAAGUCCAAAGUAUCUCUCUACAAGAAAACUAUGGAGUCAAAAAGGUCCUAUGAGCAGAGGUGCCGAGAAGCAGAUGAAGCUGAGCAGGCUGCUGAAAAGAUCAACAGUUCCACAGCCACUACCCCCAAACAGGCUGAAAAGAUACAAACCAAGGCCAAGCAGUGCAGGGAAGCUGCAGGAGAGACAGAGAAACAGUACAUGUCAAACAUCGAUCAGCUGGACAAGGUUCGACAGGAAUGGGAGACUACACACGAGAGCACAUGUGAGGUCUUUCAACAGCAGGAGGGCGAUCGUAUCAACAUUUUGAGAAAUGCUAUAUGGGUCCAUUGUAACCACUUCUCAAUGCAGUGUGUCAAAGAUGAUGAGUGCUAUGAGGAAGUGCGGACAGUACUGGAAGGAUGUGACAUCGCAACAGACAUCAGCAGCUUCGUUGAGAUGAAAAGGCUAGGAAAUAGUCCACCUGCACCUAUCAUAUUUGAAUACUAUUAUGACCAAGAGCGCUCAGGAGAGAGCAAUGGCACAGCCCGCUUUGCAGGAGGGGUGAUGAAGAAGUUUUCGAGUCUCUUGCAAGGCAGUUGCUCCAGUGGUUCCAAAACCACCAAUGACUCUUCACAAUCAUUAGCUCCUUCUGCAGAAUCAGAUGGACUGUAUGCCUCCAUUCCUGUGUUUCCAAAUAAAACUGACAGCCAGGGGGAGCAGUACCAGGCUCUGUAUGACUACACUGCUCAGAAUGCAGAUGAGCUCUCCAUCUCAGUGGGAGAGGUGCUACAGGUGGUGGAGCAGGGUGAAGACGGCUGGUGGACGGUGCAGAAGGACGGCCGGAGUGGCCUCGUUCCUGGUUCCUACCUGAGCCUCACCAAGACAUGAAACAAAUUCACCACAGAGCUAGACCUCAACAAGGUCCUGCAUGGGCUGAAGCACCCUCUAGAGGUGAUUAGAACUUGUAUUCUUAGUGUGUUUGGAUCAGCCUUGAACAUUAGCCAUGACAAAUAUCAGCAUGAAUAAAUCUCUGUGGGAUCUUAUCCUAGACCCUAGACUCCUGUUGUAAGACCCUUUAAUAAAACAUGGUUGUUUGUAAGUAGAUAAUUGUACUUUUAUUAAUGGACAUACAUUAUAUUUAUUUCCUGACCAAAAGAAUGUAUUUAAAAUGGAUAAAAGGUAAAAAAUAAAAUAAAAUAAAGAUCCAGAUACAUGCAGGUCAUUAUGUGUCCUGAACAACAAUGUCAUAGGAUAUUGUAAUAAUAUUUGUAAAUUGCAUGCAUAUUUACCAUUCUAUGUUUAAAAACUGGUGAGGUUAUUCUGGUAAGUUAGGUGAGUUUUACAUGUUGUUGUUGACGAGGACGACCCACACUACAGUUUUGGGGAGCUGCAAUGCAGGAAAAUUAUGACUAUACAAUGUAUAUGUCAGCAUGAACAUGUAAUAGAUAGGCAAGUCAGCAGUCAUCACUUGGGCAUUAUUUAGGUCUGUUUGUAAUAACACAUGAUAUGAAAUAAAAUUAUUUGUAUCUUAUACACAUAUAUAGUCAAAGUUGUAUACUCCAUACAAAAUGUUUUAUUUACUUACCCCAUGCCUACAGGAUAGCAUGUCAUGUUUAAAUCUUCCCAGGAAUUUGAUACAAGCAUCGUCACACCCUCUGACCUCAUCUAUCAGCAUUAAAAAUUAAAGUAUGAUGCAGUCAAGCUUAAUAUAUUUUAAAGUGAGCGCUGAAGUUACAGGUGCUUUCUAUUGAAUUCAUCACCCUAAAACGCUUACCCUUUUACCAGACAUGGGGACAGAGAAGCUCAUAUGCCAUUAUACUUUUAUAGAUGGGUAUGGCCUAACAGUGUCCUAUUACUGGCUUUUUUUUUUUUUUUUUUUAAUCACAACCUUGUUCAGCCUGGAGAUUUUCAGUCUGGAGUAUUACUUUAGAUAACCCACUGUAUGCAAAACCACUGAGACUGUGAAAUCUACACACACACUAGCACCAGUUUUAGCAUUACUUUCAUCUAUGCAACCUUGUUCAGCCUAGAGUAUUACUUUAGAUAACCCACUAUAUGCAAACCACUGAGACUGUACAUACACACAAUGGCACCAGUUUUAGCAUUACUUUCAUCUAUGCACUACCAGCCUUUUAUUAUAGCCAAAUACUGAGUCCUUUAGUUAUCGAUGUCCUGAAAUUCCACCUAAGUCAGACUUGGGCUUGGUAAUUUUACAUCACCCUUCCUGGGAAAGGCCUGACCUUUAACAUGGUUCUUUGAAGCUCAUUGCCUAGGCUUGCAGCCCUCACAAAAGCCCAACAACAAUCAUGUCUCUGGAUGUCAAGCUGCUUUGUCUAGUUGUGAAUCCCAGGGAGUUCCUGAAGAGGAUGAGACCAGGGAAGAGCUGGCCUCCAACUCUGCUUCUAGGAGUACUGGUAAAGGGAAUACUUCAACCAAAAUACUAAUUAAUGAAUGGAAGCUAAGACAAACAUUAGCCAUAUUAACAUAUUUGCAAGCAGUCAUUGAUUUCCUAAUUAAAGUAUUAAGAGCUUACUAAUGAUGCACAGACUCUGCGUGUUUAUUUUUUCAAGUGGAGAAGCAUAAUUUUGUGAAAAAUACACGAAUGUCUCCUUCUGAUGUCAAAAUUACGUUUAAUUUUUUAAUUCUUCCUCUUAACCUAUUUACAUUCCUUUCACGCUAAUAUCGUUCUACAUCACUACAUGAUCUUCAAACCAACUUAAAGAUCUACAAACUUGCCAGAAUUCUAAACUCCACACAAUAAGCAAGGCAGGAGAGAAAAGUAAAUGUGAUAAAAUCAUUUAGAACAUUAGGUAGUGCAUGAAUUAAAUUGCACAAACCGUUAGUUUUUGUGUAAAAAGAAGACUGAAUUUACUGAUUCUAUUAGUUUACUCUGGUGAGAUUGAGACCAUUGUACUAGUUCACUGGAAGGCCAGUGGCCUGUCUUACACUGUUAGGGUUUCUGCUGAUGGGCGGCAUCAUAGCUGAGACAGUGAUAAGGGAACAAACCUCUUAUACAUAAGAGUAUCCCUUUCCAUUUAUUCACAAGCACGAACUCAAUGACACUUGGUAAUAAAAUAUUCCAUAGCCGUACACAUAGUGCAAAUAAACACAUGAGGAAAGAAUAAAUUCCACAUUCUCUUGUUCAUACAAUAAUGCCAUGUUUCAUGUGAGCCAAAAUGCUCAAUCUUACACACACGAUGCAAGAAAGAAAAUUCGCAUUAAGAAACAAAGAAAAUGUUUGAUCACAAUUUCUCUAUUUGGAGAGAACACAUUUAAAAUAAAACGUAACAAUUUGUACAGAAACACACAAAUAAAUAAAAAUCUAUUAAUUUUGCUUCACCCAUCACCAGGGCACAGAGUGUGCAACCCUGCAUAAGUUGUACAGCUGAAAGAGUAUAAGCUCAGUGUGUCAUUACACACUGAC